GAGGAGAUCGGCAGAGGAAUCAUGGAGUGUAGAGUACGUCGGGGAUGGGGGCAUGGAGGCCGGGACGGUGGGGGGACAAAGAAAAGAAAGUGGAGGGGCGCAGGGGAGAACCAGUGAUGUAGUGGAGGGAGGGUUGCGGGAUUGAAGAAGAGAGAGAGGGAGGGAAAGAGAGAGAGAGAGAGAGAGAGAGAGAGGAGGGAUGCGAGUGCAUGCGUGAACAGUACUUGCGUGCUUGUGAUCUGACGACGACGGUCUUGUUGAUUUUCUAGUUACCAGUCAAGUGGAGAUUGUUGUGAGAUUUCGAGGAAGAGAGAGAUGGGAUUCAGUGGUUGCAGUUCUCACGCUCGCCUCUGAUAACGAGCGUCAGAGUGACGGGUGGAGGGGAGAGGAGGAGGAGGGGAAGGGGAGUGAAGUGAAGGAAGACAAGGCACGGGAACUCGGAGUUGGACUGCAGCUGCUGCCUCUGCUGCACCUCUUGAAGGUAAAGAGCAGGGGGAAUACUGGAAGAGGGCGGAGGGAGCGAGGAUGAGAAUGGGGUUGUGGUAGAGGGGAAGAGGAGCGGGUCACCACAGUCUCUGUUUCCGAGCCUCGCGGCAUGUGCUGAUUUACGAAGAGCUUUUCCACAUCUGUAAUGCAGGUCCGAGUUUUGAUCAUCGAGGAGAGCGGGUGAGACAGGGAGGGAGGUGGUGAUUGGUUAUCUUUUCUCGCCCCUCUUCGGGCGGCUUUGCAGUGACUCCAUUCAGAGUGAAUGAACACUCAGAGAAGAAGAGUUGUAUAGCGGUACGAAGGAGGAGGGUAUUGUCUUUCUGUCAAGUGUGGAUUUAUGUUUGUUGAAUUUCCGAGCGAGGCGCGGGGGGAGAGUCCUGGUGGAGAGUGCAAGAGAGAGGUCAAGGCAGGUGUGCACGAAGAAAGAGAGAGACGGAGACGGAACCAAGAGGUAUCUGAUGCUGCCAAUCAGUGGUGUGCGUAGGACAGGCGAGGACAUCGAGAUACAUGUGAAGGUGGAGUCCAGGCGGAAGCAAGUCGCGAGAUUGAUCUAGUGAGUGCAUGAGAAAUCUGGUAUUCGCCUGCCAGUAGACUAACGCCUCGUGGCGAAAGUGGAGAAGAGUAGUGCUUGCCAGCUUCAGCUCGGUGUGGUGUUGCCAUCUGCUAUCGGCGGCCGAAACAGUGGUGGGGAUGAACUUAUGAUGUACUUUGAUCAAAGAAGAUUUUGAAAUCAAGACUGUGAAGUGUCUGCAGAUAUACAGCAAGGAGUUUUCGCUGAAAGAGUAGCUACAUUUCGCAGCAGCUCUUUUUCGGACCUGAGCGGCGUCUUGAGCAUUUCUCGAUGCAAUGGACAGUUUCGAAGUGUGAGGUUUUCCUUCUGUAUACUUGCCGUGGUGGACCAUCUGACCUUGACGAACGAAAGGACGAGGGAAAAGUAAGGGCGACAGUCUGGGACGCAGAGAUUUAGCUCUGAGUGACAAUGCGGAGGAAGGUCUUGGCAUAUGCGGGAUGAGCUGAACUGAACUCAGUUGGCACUCCUCGAGAGGACUAGCUGAGCUGACGUCAGUGGUGACGCAGGACUCGGUGGAACCGAACGAGGAUAAAGCAGAUCUUCUGGCUGCCCGGAAGCAGCGGUUAAGUUUCGACAGGAUAGUGUCGCGUGUACUAGGAAGAUUUGGCACUUCGAUAGGGACGGUGGCGUCGUGCCCAUACACGCAGGCGGUUAUUUCGCACGAGUUUGUUGCUUUAGUGGAUCACCGCAUUGUUUCUGUCGCGCAAGAGUAAUCGGCCUCGUUCCCUCCAGUGAGAGUGGACUUCGAGUUCCGCCGCCGCCGAAGUCCGUUUCCAGGCUGAAGGCAAGAUCUACCUGACACCCUGGCAGUAAUGACAUCGAUGGAGAUGGUUCCCGGUUUCCGUACUUCUGGUGUUUGCUGGUGAUGGCGGUAGCAACGUGAUGGGCGUGAAUUGCCUGCAAGGUGGAGGAGGGCUGCGGCUACUUCUGAGAGCUUGCGAUACUAAUCAAAAGAGCUUUUCUUCUAUACUUCCAGGUCCAGAUCCUGGUUUUCUUUGAAGUGGAAUCCGUCUUCGAACCGCGCCCCUCCUUGAAAGAAACGCAGCCUUGGAGGGUUAUCCGCGGACAAGAUGAGCAUCAUCAAGACGCAGAUCAUGAUGGUUGGAAUGUUCAUGUUUCUCGGAGGAAUGUGUGGUGCACAGGGACAGAAUUCAGUAACGGUUUUGAUGUCCUUCAAGAGCAGCCUAGGCGAUCCAGCCCAGUUGUCUGACUGGGUCGUUACAGAUGCCAGUCCUUGUGCAUGGACAGGAGUUAUCUGUAGUGGGAGCAGCGUUACAGGUCUUGAACUGUCCAAUCAAGAACUUCAAGGGCCGCUCUCUCCAGAACUCUCGAAGCUGAUCGAUCUUCGGACUCUCAAUCUGAGUAUGAACGCGUUCAUUGGUCCAAUACCUUCAGAGUAUGGGAAUCUUUCAAAGCUGGAGGUGUUGGACCUGAGCAACAAUGGUCUUGUGAACGGGAGCAUACCGGAUAGUUUUGGAAACUUUGUCAAUAUGGUGCAUAUGGAUCUGAACUCCAACGAGUUAACGGGCACCAUCCCGGUUGAGUUCAACAAGCUGGUGAAGCUGCAGUACUUGGACCUAAGCUAUAACCUUCUGUCAGGUGGGAUCUCCGGCAUCUUUGAUGAUAUGAGCAGUUUGGUUCAUCUUGAUCUCACCAGCAACACUUUGAGUGGUAGCGUGCCUCCCCAACUUGGCAAUCUUACUAAACUAUUGUUUCUCUCCUUCAACAUGAACUCCUUCUCUGGAAACAUUCCCAGCUCCUUCUCCAAGCUUGUGAAUCUUCAAAUGCUUCACUUGGGCCAAAACGCCCUCACUGGCGGUGUUGCCGCACUGUUUGACAACCUUAUGAGCCUGCAGGUGUUAGAUCUAAACAACAAUAUGCUUUCUGGUCCUAUUCCAGUGCAGCUUGGCAAUCUUACACAGCUCGUCGAACUGAACCUCAACACCAACGCGUUUUCUGGAACCAUCCCUCAUCAAUUUGGAAACCUUCACAACUUACAGGAUCUGGAUGUGAGUAACAAUUCCCUGUUUGGGGGAGUUCCCUCCAGUAUAUGGGCCUUGUUGUCUUUAAGACAGUUGUACUUGGGAAGCAAUCACUUGAGUGGCUCGAUCCCCCCAGAAGUGGGGAACUUGGUCAACUUGCAGGUUCUGCACAUGUCUAGCAGCCACAUGACCGGGGUGCUGCCAUCGGAGAUAGGGAAUUGUUAUGAUCUGAGAAAGAUUGACUUGUCCAACAACGCUCUCACAGGCCCGAUACCUAGCUCUAUCGGUAAUUUGACGAACUUGAUGACUCUCUAUUUGCCGGUCAAUAAGUUCAAUGGCUCUCUUCCAGCAGCUAUGGGCAACUGCAGCAGCUUGAAAAUGGUGGCUCUGAACUACAACGAGCUUUCCGGCAACAUUCCCUCCGAGCUUUCCAAUCUGAAGAGCAUCGUCACGUUCACUAUUCAGGGGAACUUUCUCACGGGGACAAUUCCUCUGUGGUUUGGCGAGUGGCAACAGGCCAAAUCUAUCAUGCUGUCGAACAACAUGCUUAUGGGCCAAAUACCGGCAGAGCUUGGUAACUGUAGCUCACUGAAUAUGCUGGCCAUGGCGGAUAACAAUCUCAAUGGUGAGAUUCCUUCAGGAAUUUGUCGCGCCCCGCUGAGCAUUCUGUAUCUCAACCAAAAUCAGUUAGAUGGUAAUCUCGAUGAGACCUUCAAGAACUGCAUGGCACUAACUGAGCUGUACCUGUACAACAAUAAGAUAAGUGGUACCAUUCCUGGCUACCUGGCAACCUUACCGCUGGUUAUUCUGGAGUUUAGUGGAAACAACUUCACAGGCAGCUUACCAGAUGAGCUCUGGGACUCAAAAAGCUUGCUAGAAAUCCAAGGCAACCAGAACUUUCUCACUGGACCAGUGUCUCCGAAGAUUGGGAAUCUUGUGUCACUCCUUUUCUUGGUGCUGGACUACAACAGUCUCUCAGGGCCGCUACCGAAGGAGUUGGGUAAGCUAGUAAACCUGACAUUUCUCUCUCUUCAAGGUAACGACAUCAGCGGUGAGAUCCCUAUCGAGCUUUGCAACUGUGUCAGCCUCACGACACUCAAUCUCGGCAGCAACCAGCUCACAGGGCCUAUUCCAGCUGAUAUUGGGCAGCUAGUAAAUCUUGACUAUCUGAUGGUCUCCCACAAUCAGCUGUCUGGUCCCAUUCCUAGUACGAUGUGUGCAGAUUUUCAGGUAAUAGCCAUACCAGUAUCUGGUUUCAUACAGCAUCAUGGAGUACUGGACCUCUCUUGGAACAACUUGUCCGGCGAGAUUCCACCUCAGAUGGGAGACUGCGCGGUGGUGGUCGAGUUGAUACUCGCGGGCAAUCAAUUUACGGGACCAGUUCCACCUGAGCUUGCAAGGCUCACCAAUUUGACGACGUUGGACCUUUCCCGUAAUCAGCUCACUGGCUCCAUCCCCCCACAGCUCGGAGAGGCUCACAAGUUACAGGGCUUGAAUUUGGCCUACAAUCAGUUCACAGGUUCGAUUCCUCCUGAUCUCGGAAACAUUGCGAGCUUAGUGAAGCUCAAUCUGACGGGUAAUAAGCUGUCGGGCUCUAUACCCGACAGACUGGGAAACUUAACCAGUCUUUCUCACUUGGAUUUGAGUGACAACGAGCUCAGCGGGGAAAUUCCCGCUUCGCUUGCGCAGUUGGCCGUAGUGGGGUUGAAUCUUCAGCAGAACAAGUUCACGGGCACCAUACAUUCACUUCUGUCCAGGAGUGUCAUCUGGCACCAAAUGUCAACCAUGAACCUCAGUCACAACCUGCUCGGCGGCCACAUUCCAAGCAACAUUGGAAACCUGUCCAGCCUCUCGUCCCUCGACCUGAAUGAUAAUGCCUUCAACGGCAGCAUUCCCGGAGAGAUCGGCAAUCUCAUGCAGCUGAUGUACCUCGACAUUUCGAACAACCACAUCAACGGAGAAAUCCCCGAGGAGCUGUGUGAGCUGUCGGAGCUGGAGUACCUCAAUAUGUCGAGCAACGCCCUGACGGGGAAAGUUCCCAACUCCGGAGUGUGCGGCAACUUCUCUGCCGCCUCCUUCCAGUCCAACAAUGGACUGUGCGGGGUGGUCAUGAACAGCACAUGUCAGAGCUCCACCAAGCCCAGCACGACAACUUCUCUGCUCAGCAUGGGGGCCAUCCUGGGAAUCACCAUCGGCAGUACCAUAGCAUUCCUCAGCGUCAUCGUGGCGGUGUUGAAGUGGAAAAUCAGCCGCCAAGAGGCUCUGGCAGCCAAGGUGGCCGAGAAAACCAAACUCAACAUGAACCUGGAACCCAGCGUCUGCCUCACGCUGGGCAAAAUGAAGGAGCCCUUGAGCAUCAAUGUGGCCAUGUUUGAGAGGCCGCUUCUGAGGCUGACGCUGUCGGACAUCCUCCAGGCUACAAACAGCUUCUGCAAGACGAAUAUCAUCGGCGACGGCGGCUUCGGCACUGUGUACAAAGCGGUUCUGCCGGAUGGGCGAACCGUGGCCAUCAAGAAGCUCGGGCAGGCCCGCACGCAGGGCAACCGAGAGUUUUUGGCCGAGAUGGAAACCUUGGGCAAAGUGAAGCACCGCAACUUGGUGCCUCUGUUGGGCUACUGCUCCUUCGGAGAGGAGAAGUUGCUGGUCUACGAGUACAUGGUGAAUGGCAGCCUGGAUCUGUGGCUGCGCAACAGGGCCGAUGCUCUGGAAACAUUGGAUUGGCCCAAGCGGUUCCGGAUCGCCAUGGGGUCGGCUCGGGGCCUAGCUUUCCUCCAUCACGGAUUCAUCCCCCACAUCAUCCACCGUGACAUGAAGGCCAGCAACAUCCUCUUGGACGCAGAUUUUGAGCCCAGAGUGGCGGACUUCGGGCUCGCCCGGCUCAUCAGCGCUUACGAGACUCACGUAAGCACGGACAUCGCCGGGACCUUCGGAUACAUUCCUCCUGAAUACGGGCAGAGCUGGAGGUCGACAACGCGGGGCGACGUCUACAGCUACGGGGUGAUUCUGCUCGAGCUGCUGACGGGCAAGGAGCCCACUGGAAUCGACUUCAAGGACAUCGAAGGCGGCAAUUUGGUGGGCUGGGUGCGGCAGAUGGUGAAACAGAACCAAGCAGUCGACGUGCUUGAUCCUGUCAUCUGCAGCGGCGGCCCCUGGAAGACGAAGAUGCUACACGUCCUGCACGUCGCCAGCCUCUGCACUUCCGAAGAUCCCGUCAAGCGCCCGACCAUGCUCCAGGUGGUCAAAACGCUCAAGGACAUCGAAGCAAGCCAGCAAGUGACCGGCUUCGAGAACCCUCUAUAAUCUACAGGAGUCAAAUUGUAGGCGUUGAUGAUAGUCUGUAAAAUAUUGUGAAGCUAAUAUUUAACUUUCAUUCACCAGCACUCCAUGACUGCCUCGUUUGCACGAGGCUGUGUUCGUGGAGUGCUCGUGGCUUGAGCUCUCGGAGAACCACUGCUCAGUGAGUCCUCCAGUGGUCUGAUGUUCACCUUGGGGUGUGUCUGGGUCGUGGUCAACAAUCAUUCCCAGAGCUGUGGUAAUCUUCGUCCGUCUUCCCCCGCCACCUGAAGGGGAGCUGCAAAUGGUUUCCUAAGUGUCCUUGCGUCAGAUUUUUCCUCUGGAGAGAUUUGUGUUAAACAUUAAGACGUGUGCAGGAGGGGGCCUCGCAAGAGAGUAAAGGUUAAACUUCUAAUUUAGCCUCCAGCAUUCUUUGAAAGAGUAUGUUGAUAAUUAGUUAUAUUUAAGUGCCACUCAAAUUUGCUGCUGCUCAAUUUGUAUGAAUAAAGAUGUUAACACAUAGUGUACAUUAUCAAUCAGUUUACUUUUAUCCAUCUCCCGCGGAACCGAAGAACUUCUACUCUAUCAUUCAGUACAAUGUACACCAAAUCUGUUUUUCCUGACGGGUCGUGGAGUACCACGGAAUAUCUUAGUUUUUUUAAUUUUUUUAUGUCCAAAUAGGAACUGGAUGGGAACCUAAUUGGAUGUGAUUCACCUCGCCAAUUUUACUUGCGGAAUUUUGUC